AUGUCGGCGACCAUGAAAGUGCCGGUCAAGAACAAAUAUUUUAGUUCCCCCUUUAAAUUAGACGGGUGCAAAAAUAUCGUCGAAGCACUCAGUCGAUCUAAUUUCUUCAGGAGGUUGGGUGGAAUAUCAUUAUUCGUAUUAAAAGUAGGUUCUGAUAACCGUGUCACCAGGGAGAUCAGCACAUAUGGGCUUCUAUUUUACAUAGUGUGGUACGCCAUCUACAUUUAUUGUACUUACAAAGCUCAUUAUGAAGAUCAGACCAUUUUGCGAAUUAUAUACAGCACGAAAUUGCAACGGUACGGCGACGACUACGAGCGCAUAUCUUCAACAGCGUACGUCAUAUUUGCUUAUUAUAAGAUACCCUUUGGAGUGAAUAUCAACAAACUCUUUAUCAGCAUGACAGUGGAUCUGGAUAAAGCUUUAGAGAACUUGGGUGAAAACGUAGAUUAUAGACUAGAUGCACUUUUAGCACUCGUAAUUUCCAUCGGUCAAAUAGCACUGAGCACCACACGAUUUUUUAGCAUUUGGCUUACAAUAUAUCAGCUGGACGUGCCGAUACCGUUAGAGAGGAUGCAUCAAGUCAUAUGUUCCGAUACUCUGGCGCUCAUUGCUACGGCACAUUAUUGCUUCUACGUCAAAGUCAUAAAAAGCAGAUUUCAGCAUAUGAAUAAGAUUCUUGAAGACAUAAAAAAUCACAAAUCUUGGGAAUACAAAUUGUUUACUCGAGGUAGUAUGGUUGCUAACGUUCAAAAAGCAAAAGGUCUUGAAGACAAGUAUAUAUGCGAGAAAAUAAAAGCAUGUGGGAAGAUCCACAGUAUGCUGUAUAAAAUGAUAGAAGCCAACAAUAAAAUGUUUGGAUCCAUGGUGAUGUUAACCGUGCUCGUGUACAUCAGUUAUAUAACUUUGUAUAUGUUUUACUUCAUGGAGGCGACAGCGGCUGGUCUGUUCCAUCAUCCGGAUAAAUACGCUGUAUUAUUUAUUUACGUAUUGUGGGAAAUUGGCUAUGCAGGAGUUACAAUAUACGUCAUCGUUUACAUUUCUGAAUACGCAGCGUACGAGGCACAAAAAACAUCGUUCAUCCUACAUGACAUUAUGAACAGCGAUUUCAGUCCAGCAGUUGCAGCAGAGGCGUUGCAGGUCUCUGUGCAGUGUUUGCAUCAGAGACCGAUAUUCACUGCGUAUGGACUCUACGAGCUCAAUUACGAGACAUUACAAGAGACAGAAUAA